GGAGCGGCAGUAUCGUAGCCGAUCGCGCCUCUGCUACGCCGUAGCUACGCUGCCGCCGCGCGGUUUCAAUUCAAAAUAUUCGGGUGAUUGUGAAGUGAUUAUUUAGUGAGAGACGAAAAAAGUGACGCAUGUACGAGUAUGAUGUGCUGUGUGCCCAAUCAGUAAGGGAUUUUGUGAUCACGCCGUUUGAUGCUGUGGAAAAAUGGUGAGAACGUGCUUCUACUUUCACUGAAAGAUGAGAUGGCGGCUGGCCGGCGGGAUGGGCAUACCACUUGCCAUCGCCGUGUUCUGCACGCUGCCACUGUUCACGUCCUCCACAGGAGACAUCCGACACCACGGCGCGUCGCGCGCUCGAGGUUGGCGCAGCGGCAUCCAGCCGUCCGCUGAUGUGACAGCUAACAACUCUGUCAGUAAUGUGACCGCCCAGCUCGGGGGCACGGCGUACCUCCACUGCCUGGUCGGGCAUUUGAGUGAAAGAGGCCAAGUCUCAUGGAUCAGAAAAAGAGAUUGGCAUAUACUCAGCUCAGGAAAAUUUACAUACACCAACGACGAGAGGUUUCAGGUUCUACACGGAGAGGGCUCAGAGGACUGGACUUUACAGAUAAAGUUUGUACAGAAGAGAGACAACGGCACAUACGAAUGCCAAGUGUCGACUCGUACCGGGAUAGUGUCGCACUACGUUCGACUGCAAAUCGUGGUGCCAGAAGCCUUCAUCCUGGGAUCCGGAGAGCACCAUGUAGACCUCGGCAGCGUCAUACACCUCAUAUGCAUUGUGGAGAAGAGUCCAACUCCACCUCAAUACGUGUUUUGGUACCACAAUGACCGCAUGAUCAACUACGACGCCACCAGAGGCGGCAUCACAGUGGAAACCGAGCCGGGGGCGCGAACUCAGUCGCGACUGACCGUGCGCGGCGCGACGCUCAAAGACUCUGGGAAUUACACGUGCAGUGCGAGCAACACUGAACCUGCUUCUAUACAUGUGUUCGUAUCUGAAGGAAGCAACAAAAUGGCGGCGAUCCUAAGGCGGAACACUAGCGCCAUCCACGGUAUCACUUCCAGCGCCACCUGCCUGCUGCUGUUGUCGUCAGCGCUGCUUCACUUCGGUCUGCGAUGACGGUGAGCGGCGUCGCUCGUGGUGAAUGGCAUUUAGGUUAUGGUUGUGGCUGCUACACACUAUUGGUCUCCACCAAAUAUGUGCAAUAAUAUAUUCAAGAACAGAAAUGUAGAAAACUGAUUUUUAACGAAUUUUUUUUUGUCGUUGCAACACCAAAUUUAACGAUCAAGAUUGGUUUUUCAUCACCGUGUUGGUGACCAAGAUUUAUCCUCAAUUAUUUUUUACACGUCGAUAACUGGUAUGUGCAGUGCUUUUACUAUCAUUUUUAUGCCAGAUACUUGCAUGUGCAUGUAUAUAAUGACAAGUGCAAUUGCUGGAAUGCAAGUGACCAAGCAUGUGUAUUUGUAACACACGGAUACGGACGUGAAUGAAUGUCAUAUACAUUGCUUGUUUAAUUACGAGCUUUGUAUCGACCCACAGAAAUCUAGCAAUGUACGUCAAACUGGAGACUACACUUGCAUUCCGCAUUCCGAAUAUUGUAUCUGGCAUUACCAUUAGCAUAAACUCAUGAUCUAGAACGUUUUGGAUCUUUCGAGAUAUUUCAACAUUAAAUCAAGGCACGUUUGUAGUCUUGACUCUUAAUAUUGAAUAUAAUGUUGAGUAAAUGAGACUCAAUUUUUCAUGUUGUCUCUAUUAAACAUACGAAACGAGACAGUGACAGACUGUCCCGUUGUUUGAGUAAAACUUGUCCUUAAAAUUAAAUUCCAAAGAAGGAGCCAUUCAGGAAUUAUAAUAGAUUCAAAACUUAAAAAUAAUACUGAAAAAACUAUCGUUUCACUUUUUGAGCAAGUUUUUUUACACUGAUAUUGAUGUACUUUCCUUGAGUAACUUGACAUUUCACUUUAGAGAAAAAUAAUUGUUUAUUUAGUUUAGAAACUUAUUGUAAAAACUAGAAGUGUCUGAAUUUAAUAACGUUUACAAUAUUUAAAAAUAUUGCAUUUAUCUAACUGCCAUUUACCAUAACUUUAGAGAACCCUAAUAAAUUCUGUAUCAUUUCCAAUAAUAUUGUAAUUAAGUUCAUCCGAAUAGUAUUACAUAAGGAUUUGUAAUAACAUAGUUUUACUGAACACUUAUUUGUGUAAAUUAAGAUAGAAUAUACUACAGGUGAAUACUAAUUGAUCGUGUUAAAACUUUCUUUGUAAUGUAAAAGUCUUUGAAGCCAAAAACACGUAUUAAUCUAUUUUUAAUUAACAUUCGUUUUCGUUAUUCAUGUGUGGGGGCGGGAUAAUCACCACCACAGACAAUAUGUUCGCGAUUUAAAUGUUCUCAUUUUUUUUACAGUUCCUUCUAAUAUUAUUAU